CCCGACCAACUACUAUUCAUAAAGCGUGCAGUCAUCUCGCUGAGACUUACAGCAGCUUCCUGUUCUUCAUGGGGUUAAUGUUUGUGAUCUUGCUGUCCUGUCUCUCUGCCGUGAUGGUUAGAGGACUGUCAAAUGUGACUGUCUCACAAGAACCAGUUAAAGUCGUAGUUGGAGAAGAUGCCAUCCUGGGAUGCCACCUGGAGCCCCCACUCAACGCAACGACUCUAGGAGUGCACUGGUUACAGGAAGUGCAUUGGAAACGCAAUGAAGUUAUUGUGCACAUCUACCGAGCUAUGAAGGACGAUCUAAUUAAGCAGGACGAGAACUUCACAAAUAGAACAUCUCUGUUCCAUGAUGAAAUGGCCAGAGGAAAUAUUUCACUUAAACUGACCAACGUAACUAAACGUGAUGAAGGAAACUACACCUGCCAUGUUCCCAGUCUGAAAAGUAAGAUCAGGAAAGGCAACGUUACCCUCAUUGUUGAGCCAAGGGAGGAAACCAACCAAGGAAAUCGGACCAAUAACUCUGUUUUUCCCACAGAGCCAGAGCCAGAGCCAGAGGGUCUCGAUUGCACUGCUAAAAUUGGCAUUGCCUGUGGCAUCGGUGCUGUACUACUACUACUACUGAUUGGUGUCACUGUUGCCAUUUACAAAGGCUACAAAUGUCAACAGACCAACACAGCACCAAAUAGAGAUUAUGACAUGGUGGCUCCAGAGGCAGAGGCACAGGCAGAGCUAGGGCCAGAGGCACAGCCAGGGCCAGAAGCACAGGCACAGCCAGGGCCAGAGGCACAGGCACAGCCAGGGCCAGAGGCACAGGCACAGCCAGGGCCAGAGGCACAGGCACAGCCAGGGCCAGAGGCACAGCCAGGGCCAGAAGCACAGGCACAGCCAGGGCCAGAAGCACAGGCACAGCCAGGGCCAGAAGCACAGGCACAGCUAGGGCCAGAGGCACAGCCAGGGCCAGAAGCACAGGCAGGGCCAGAAGCACAGGCACAGCCAGGGCCAGAAGCACAGGCACAGCCAGGGCCAGAAGCACAGGCACAGCCAGGGCCAGAGGCACAGGCACAGCCAGGGCCAGAGGCACAGGCACAGCCAGGGCCAGAAGCACAGGCACAGCCAGGGCCAGAAGCACAGGCACAGCCAGGGCCAGAGGCACAGGCACAGCCAGGGCCAGAGGCACAGCCAGGGCCAGAAGCACAGGCACAGCCAGGGCCAGAAGCACAGGCAGGGCCAGAGGCACAGGCAGAGCUAGGGCCAGAGGCACAGCCAGGGCCAGAAGCACAGGCAGAGCCAGGGCCAGAAGCACAGGCAGAGCCAGGGCCAGAAGCACAGGCAGAGCCAGGGCCAGAGCCAGAGGCACAGGCAGAGGCAGAGCCAGAGCCAGAGCCAGAGCCAGAGCCAAAUAAUGAUCAUGGUCCGAGUGUAAGUCCAUACAGGAGAGGACACAACAGGCAAAGCAACCAAUAAUAACAACAAGGACAAUCCAGCCAGCCACCAAUCUCGAAAACCCAUCGGCUAUCAGUCUGAAAACAAUAAACCUCUUAGGGCAAUGACCAGUACUGCAGGUGGAUAUCCAGGCCAAGUCUCCAUCUUCCUCUGGUCAUUUUGGCUCAUCUAUAAAAAUAUAUCUGUGUAUGAAAACAGAUAAUUGAAAAACAAAACUAAUUUAAAGCUCAGUCGCCAUUGAUGAUAGGCAAUGGCUUCUGAAUUGCAUUCCCACUAAUGUGUUCAACUUUUCCACAUGGACUGUUUACCUGCGGCUCAAACAUGAUGGGUCAAUACAACUCAGACUAGGCCGACAAAUAGAAAGUAGACCACUCUAGGUUCGUGGAAGGGGGUAAUGAUCGAGAGAGAGAGAGACACCAGUGAGUAAUUAGGACACAGAAUGCAGUUAUAGAAAAUUAAGUGUAUUAACAAAAUAUGAACACACACAAAUUUACACUCUCAGCUGUCAAAUAACCUAUUUCCCAUUUGUCUUGGGUGCACCCUUAAAAAUAAUGUGUGUCUUAGAAAAAUAAAAUGGAUCCGUCCACUCUCCUUGAGAGAAAGAAACCAGUUCUGUUCACUUCCCCUCUGAAGUCUAAAAGUCACCGUCCUACCGCACCACAGCAGCGUAGAAGAAGGAAGAAUGAAGAAGAUUCUCAAUUCAGGUGCUCAACACGGGUAGCUCGCCACUCUCCCUCCAGGGAGAGAAUCAGUGUCAAAUCCAAGUCCAAUCCAGGAAGCAAGGAAUCCAAGGGUAUCUAUAAAAACAGCCUGUAUUAACAUAACAGGUGAUUUAUAGCAUAUGUAUCUCCAGUCAGCUCUUUUAAAUGUUGUUUUAACACUUAACGGUUUGAAUAGCUUUUAGCCAUUUUAGUUAACUCUUUUUAAUGGCUUUUAACUAUUUUUUACACUUUUUUUUAACUGUACAGUAUAAUCUUUUUAUCAAUAUCAAUAUGAAAUACAACCUUAUAAAUUAACCCACAACUUUUGGAAUGACGCCGAUUGUCGCGGAUUCGCAUCAUACCACUUCCAAUCAGACUGCAGCUGAGAUAGGGUUUCAAGUGGGAAUUGGGAACACAAUAACUUCUGAUCACAACAAGCCGGUUCUGGUAGUAUGCUUUCAAAAUGGCGGAAGGGGGACCAAAGGGGGUGGGGCACGGUGUUGUGACGACAUCUCCUCAAGCCUAAUACAUUUCUAUGUUACCAUGCUGCCAUUUACUGGCCAUGGACGGUAAUAGCUGAUACCGUGGCCGAUUGAAUCCAAACGAGGAGAGCUAGCUCUACUUGCCUGUUAAGCUUACAUAAAUCAUGCUGUUUAUACCAUGAAAUGAACACACACUUGUUUUUCAGAAAAAUACUUAUGUUUAUCUCUUCCAAUAGAAAAAUAGCAAGUCACCGCAGCUCCAUAGUGAAUCACCAUAAGGCUAAGCUAGUAACCUGGAGGCUAACACCACAGCUAAGCUAAUUCACGGAGAUUUUGCUAGCGGUUAUGUGCACUCAUUGUUACAAGUUCAAUAAAGUUACUCAUCGAGGGAGAAAGAGAAAAAAAUCACAAACCGAAGAUCAGGAUCUUCGGGUCGCUUCGACAGUUGUCUUAACUCCUAUCUGGUCUGGUGGUUUGCUGUUUUUUGGUGCAAUAUCAGUACUUUUAUCAAGGAAUAUAACUCUCAAUUAGCAAAGUCUCUAUUGUCCUCUUAAAUUAAAGUUAAUUAUCAGGAAAUAAAAGCAACUUUAGUAAUUGGUUCACCAAUGGGUUACAUGUACGAUACAUAGGAUAAACAUGAAAUUAAAAAGGUAUAUAUUCGGAAAAGUUAAAAAAACAACAACAUAUAUAUGGCUUUAUCCACAUUAUUUAAGUACAUUUUUUGCUGCCAUGUUUUUGGCUGCCAUGUUUUCUAUCAAAAUAUUCAGAAUUUCCAGAAAUGUGAUUAAAAAAAAAAAAAAAGAGCCAAUUUUUCUGUUAAGUGCUGAAAUCCUUGAUAUGUGAAUGUUGAUUUUUUUAAUAUUGUUGAUGAAAACACAGAUGUAGGACAGUGUUCCCUCUGAAAUUUGUGUGGCUUUUGAUACAUUGGACCAUCAUUUUAUAAAUCAUUUCAGGGAUAGAGUUGUUGUCUCAAAUAGUGAUGGCCAAAUGAAGCCUAAUGAACCACUGUCUUUAUUUUCUGAAGCCACUCAGUGGCACUGUUUGUUUAACAAAGGUUUGAAAACACAUUUCACUCCUUCGGCCUUUAUCUUUAAACCAAGAGCGCCAUCUGGUGGGGUCAGAAAAUAAAGAAAGUGGUUCAUGAGGCUUCAUUUGGCCAUCACUAGUCUCAGGUCCUGUCCCUGACUGGAUUUCCUGUGUCCUCUUAUACUGACUAACCAGAGGAAUUUAAAUAUCUUUCAGACUCAUUAUUACAGGGUGGUAUUCUAACAGAGUUGCUGUGUGUUUAUAUAUAACAUAUCACGUUUUUAUUCUCUUACGACAUUGUUUUACUAUUUUAUUACUAAAUGUGUGUGUGGACUUUUAAAAAUUGCUUCUUGUGCUCUUGUUUUCAGCACUAUACUGUCUAUAAAAUAUAUUGUUAUCAUUUUUAUGCAA